GCUAAAAGUUCAAUUCGAUUUCUAGUGAUUCAAUAUCCCAAGACACGCCACGAUGUCGCCCCGAAUACCAGGCGUGCAGCGCCUAGGCACUUUUUCAUUAUGCCUACGGCCGACCGUAAAACCAUCCACUCCGUCUCUCCUCCCCGUCACCCAAACUGCGUCCUUGUCGCAAAAAGAGAAGAGGCGGAUUAUGAAGCAAGAACCUUACCGGUGGGCACAGAUGCAGCAACGUAAGGCCGCCCACUUGAAACGACGAGAAUCGAUCGAGGCUUUGACGAAUAGCCAGUUUGGUGACCCUAUCCGUGGUAUCCCUACGCCCUUCGUCGAAUCUUUCGACUCAGCUGGACAGGCACCUCUGUCCAAGCCAGCCCUUGACGACGAUGGCAACCCGAUCGAGGAACCUCGCGAGUUGCCCACCUCACCCUAUGUUUUAAACAACCUAAUUCACAAGAAAGAGCUCGAGUCCGCUAUCGGGAACGCAUACGUCCUGACAAAACCUAUGGAAUCAGAUCUCUCACCUGCUGGCUCCCCAGAAUAUGAGAAAAAGGUUGAACUUCAUAAGCAAUACCAUGCCAAGGCCGUCGAGGCGUUGGAACGCAUCACAAGUUUAGAAAAUGGUUCCGCGAAGGAUAGAUUGCACGCCAAUAUCCGAAGGUGUAUAGAGACUUUUGGUCGACACGAGACUGACCUUAUUUUAAAGCCAAAGGCUCUAUCUCGAGGUCAACAGAAGGAAGAGCGGCCAGUACGAGGAGGUCCGGAUACUGGAAGUAGCGAGGUGCAGAUUGCUAUCCUGACAACUAAGAUCAAUGCUUUGGCCGACGCGUUGGGGAAGAAUAGAGGGCAUAAGGAUAAAGUGGGCAAGCGAGACUUGAGAUUGAUGCUCCACCGACGACAAAAGCUUAUGCGAUAUAUGGACAGGAAGGAGAAGGGAAGUGAUAGGUGGAAGCAUAUGAUCGAGACUCUGGGAUUGAGUCCAGCCACCUGGAAAGAGCAGAUUACCACGUAAAAACCUUUGGAAAUCCUAGGCUAACGUAUGGGUUGAACAUGCUGUUUGGAGUGUAUCAUAUAGGUGACCUAGAUGCAUACUUUGUAAUACUUAUGUGCUUAUGUACAGUACAACAAACACCAGCACCAGUACCGGCGGCCAUCGAGACAAGAGUGCUCUAACUAAUUGUCUGCUUGUCCAUCAGCCUAGUCUAGCGCCUUUGUUACAAAUUUUUUAAAAAAAAAAACUCCCAUGACAAUCACAAAACUUGAAAUGCUAUUUCCCUGGUAUCCCAUCCAUUAGUUCUACAGAGUUUCGAGGAGACA